AUGAGCGCGCUACUCGAAACCUCACUAGGCGACAUCGUGAUCGAUUUGCUGGUCGACGAGUCGCCCAAGGCCUGUGAAAACUUCCUGAAGCUGUGCAAAAUCAAGUACUACAAUUUCUCCCCCAUUCACAGCGUCCAAAAGAAUUUCAGCUUCCAGACCGGCGACCCGCUUGGCCCGGACGCCCCCGAGAGCGAUGGUGGAUCUUCGAUCUGGGGCGUGCUGGGUGGCCCGUCUCAGAGAACAUUUCCGAUCGACCUGCCGCCGAAACUCAAGCAUACGGAGCGUGGGACGGUGAGUAUGGCCACCGUCCCCGCCAUGAAUGAUCCAGAUCAGCGAUUGGCAGGGAGUCAAUUUCUCAUCACCCUGGGCGACAGCCUCGACUACCUGGAUGGUAAAGCGGCCAUCUUCGGAAAGGUUGUGGAGGGAUUCGACGUGCUGGAGAAGAUCAAUGAGUCCUUUAUUGACGAUAAGGGUCGGCCGUUGAAGGAUAUUCGCAUACGCCACACCGUGGUUUUGGAUGACCCUCCCAUCCCCUCGAAGGCUCAAUUGGCUACCGUGCGGAUCGCGGACGAUGAGGAACUGGACGAGGAGAUGGAUGAAGAAGCCAUGGAGAAGCUCCGUCGUGAGCGUGAGGCACGAGCCCAGGCAUUGACGUUAGAGAUGGUGGGAGACCUCCCCUUCGCUGACGUCAAGCCCCCCGAGAACGUGCUCUUCGUCUGCAAAUUGAAUCCCGUCACGCAAGACGAGGAUCUAAACCUUAUCUUCAGUCGCUUCGGUACCAUCCUGUCCUGUGAAGUCAUUCGAGACAAGCGUACUGGCGACAGUCUGCAAUAUGCGUUCAUCGAGUUUGAGCACCAGCAGGACUGCGAACAGGCCUAUUUUAAGAUGCAAGGUGUGCUGAUCGACGACCAUCGUAUUCACGUCGAUUUCUCCCAAAGUGUGUCUAAGCUAUCAGAAACCUGGCGAAAUGCCACCGUCUCGAAACGCCGCCAGCGGGGUGGAUUUGGUGGUGUCGCCGAUCUGGAGGAGAAACGCCAAUACCGAGCUUCCGAUGACCGACGUGACGAUGAGGACGAUGACUCCUAUAACAUGGUCUUUGAUCGCUCGCGCAAGGAUCGGUCGUCGGGACCCCCUGGCGCCCGCCAUGACGUCGCAGUCCCCGGAGACGCGAGGUGCAUGAAGACCGGUACCGGCGCCGAGAAUACAGUCAGAGCCGGGACUCACGCCGGGAGCGCGAUCGCGGACGAGAUGAUCGAUACGAUCGAUCUGAUCGACGAGAUAGAUAUGAUCGACAUGAGCGCCGACGAUGAAGAUGGGAUUUUGAACGGGCGUCAUUUGUAUUAG